GAGUUGAUGGGUUGGUAUUGGCUGGCGCUGCAGUCGGUGAAGCCUGCAUUUCAUGCGUUUACAGGUUGAUGGUGAUGCGAGACAAAUAGGCUAACGUGCGGAAAGGUCUGAAACAUGGGGCUGGAAAACCUUUUUCUUCAACUGAAACAUUUGUAACUUUAGUUUCUGGCUGCGAGGUACUCUAUUUAUGGAGAACACUUGUCCGUUACACCUCCAUGGCACAACUCCAGUAGGAUCUGCUACUUUGUAGUCCGUUUGCGUGGUCGGAUUGCCUGGCAACUGUUUUCUUUUGCACUGCAGAAGUUUUGUAUAAGAAAAUUGUGUUUUCGUCUACUAGAGACCUGGCAACCUAUAUAAUUAUAUUUUAAAAUCCUUGCAACCUGGAUAUUACUUUUCCAUAAGACUUUUUCCGUAGUUUUUACGUCUUGGAGACCGGAGUUCCUAACGUGCUUGGGACCGUGAAACAAUAGUCCCAACGUGCGGGGGAUAUCGAUGCCUCGCGGCAUUGUUCUGCCUCGAGCGGCUUUGCUCGGUCCCUAGCCUCGGGGAAUGAGCAACGGAAGAUUUAUCUUCUUCACAAUCAGUCUGGGAUUUACGAUUUGGGUGGAAUAGUCCGAAGAAGUUUCUCAAAAUGGAUGUUACAGUGUCUGAGUUGAUGAGCAACUUCAUAGAUACGCCGUUGGUUGUGUGGGUGAAGACGUUUGGACCUCUGGGUUCUGGCUCAGAGGACAAGCUGUCCAUGUUCAUGGACCUGGUGGAUGGAGUCUUUCUCCACAAGAUCAUGACCCACGUAGACCCUAGCCCGACCAAUCAGCGCGUCAACAAGAACAUCAACAACGAUGUCCACCUCCGCAUCCAGAAUCUCAACACGGUCAUCAGACACAUCAAACUCUACUACCAGGAGACUCUUCAGCAGCUGAUUCUCAUGCCCCUGCCCAAUGUCCUGACCAUCGCCAAGGACCCUCUCUCAGCAAAGAGCAUGGAUGAAAUCAGGAGGCUGCUGCUGCUGAUUCUGGGCUGUGCUGUCCAGUGUGAAAGGAAGGAGGAGAUGAUUGAGAAGAUCAAGGUGUUGGACAUCCAGACCCAGGCUGCCAUCGUCUCUCACAUCCAGGAGGUGACCCACAACCAGGAGAAUGUUCUGGACCUGGCCUGGCUGGAGGUGGGGGGGGAGCUACCAGCUGAGGAGCUGGACCCCCUAUCCAGAACCAUGGCCCUGCAGCUCCGCAAGCUAAUAGACCACAGGGAUGAGGCUGCAGAGGUGAUCGUGGAGCUGACCCAGGAGAGGGACUACCUGGCCUCCCAGCAGUUCCCUGGCCCCAGCCCAGAGAGGGGCCUCUCCCUGGGGGGCCUGCGGGGCUCCGGGGGCCCCGGGGCCGUGCUCACCAAAGAGGAAAAGCAACACCUGUCUGUGGAGCUGGCUGACACAAAGUCUAAACUCAGACGGUCGCGACAAGAGCUGGAGGAGAAGACAGAGCAGCUCCUGGACUCUAAACACGAGGUGGAGCGUCUAGAUCAGGAGCUGCAGAGACUCAAGCAGGAGAGCGUGCAGCUGCAGGCGGAGGCCCGCUCGGUGCGUGUGUACCGGGACGAGGUGGACGCCCUGAGGGACAAGGCGGCCAGGGUGGACCGCCUGGAGACGGAGCUGGGGCGCUGCAAGGAGAAGCUGCACGACGUCCACUUCUACAAGACCAGGGUGGAGGAGCUGCGUGAGGACAACAUGACCCUGCUGGAGACCAAGGCUCUGCUGGAGGAGCAGCUGAGCGCCGCCAGGGGGCGCUGUGACAAGCUGCACGAGCUGGAGAAGGACAGCCUGCAGCUCCGCUCCAAACUCCACGACAUGGAGAUGGACCGGGACGGGGAUAAGAAGCGUCUGGAGGAGCUGAUAGAGGAGAACAUGCUGCUGGAGAUCUCCCAGAAACAGAGCAUGAACGAGUCUACUCACCUGGGCUGGGAGCUGGAGCAGCUGGCCAAGAACAACGACAGCAACGACACCCGGAAGUCGUUUGUGUUUGAGAUGAACGAGUGUGCGGCGAGCAGUCUGCUCAAGCUGGAGAAGGAGAACCAGGGCCUGCAGAGCACCAUCCAGGAGCUGAGGCAGGCCUCGCUGGCCCUGGAGGAGACCCAGCUACGCAGCCUGGAGCUGGACAGGGACAACCAGGCUCUCAGCAAAAAGCUGGAGCGUCUGCAGACCCUGCUGGAUCAGGAGAAACAGACCAAUCAGGACAUGGAGAGCCUGGGGGAGGAGCUUCUGAAGGACAAGCAGCAGCUGGAAAAGGAGAAGCAGAAACUACAGACUGAUAAAGACCGACAGAUCGUGGAGCUGGAGCAGGAGAAGCAGCAGCUGAGCCAGGCGGUGAGCUCGCUCCGCCAGCGGGCGCAGGCCGACAGCGAGGCGCGGGUCCGAGAGGUGGAGACGGAGAACCGCGUCCUCCACCAGACCGUCUCCGACACGGGGACCAAGCUGGCCCGCCUGGAGGCCCAGGCACGGCUGGCCAGCCAGGAGCUGGAGGACCUGAACGAGAGGAGCCAGCGCUGCGAGGAGCUGGAGAGGGAGGCGGGGAGGCUGGAGAGGAGCAGGGAGGCGCUGCAGAGGGAGGUGGCCUCCCUGAGGAUCUCCUGCGAGAGGACGGAGGAGCUGGAGCAGGAGAACCGCCGGCUGAAGAAGCUGGCCGACACGGCCCAGAACGUGAGCCUGCGGCUGGGCAGCCUGGAGGCCGAGCACAGGGUCCUGGAGGAGGAGAACAUGGAGCUCAGGAGGAGCGUGGAGACCCUCCGGCCGGCCUCGGCACGCCUGUGCCAGCUGCAGGUGGAGGGGGAGGAGAUGGAGAAGGAGCGAGAGGAGCUGACGCGGGCGCUGGAGGAGAUGAGGGGUCAGGCCAAGAGGGCUGAGAGGCUGGAGCUGAGCUGUGCCAGUCUGACCCAGGAGACCCAGAGGCUGCAGGAGGCCCUGGAGACCAGAACUAGCCAGAGCCAGAGUCUGGAGAGGGAGACCCGGCAGAGCCAGGCCAAGGUGGAGCAGCUACGCAGGGAGGUGGAGGAACUUCGCCAGGAGGGGAAGAGACUGGAGGGUGUGGAGCAAGAGAAGAGAGUGCUGGAGCAGGAGCUCAGCCAAUCAGAGAAGGACAGGAAGCAGCUGGAGAAGGAGGGACGCCGUCUGAGGCAGCAGCUGGAGGAGAAGGAGGCGGGACUAGAGGAGAGCACCCUGCGAUUGGCCAGUCUGGAGAAGGAGGGCGGGGCCUUGAGCAAGGAGCUUGACAGGCUGAAGGAGGUGUCGGGGCGGGUCAAGGAGCUGGAGAAGGAGAACAAGGAUCUGCAGAAACAGGCCACCAUCGACAAGCGGACUCUGGCCACGCUACGAGAGGAGCUGGUGAAGGAGAAACUGCAGGUGCAGCAGCAGUGUAACGAGCUGGAGACACUGAGCCAGGAGCUGGAGAAGAUGGGCCUCAACCGAGAGAAACUGCUGCAGCAGGAACACAGCUGGGAGGACAAUAAGUACAGGUUGUUGGAGAGCAAGAUCGAGUCGACCCUGAAGAAGACCCUGGAGAUCCGGGAGGAGAAGAUCCAGAGGCUGGAGUCACGUCUGGAGGAGUCCAGCAGCCUGAACCAGCAGCUCCGCACUGAGCUCAGCACCGUAAAGAGGACCUUGGAGGCUCUGCGUCAGCGGCAGGAGGAGGAGCAGGCCCACAGCCAGAGCUCCCAGGAUGCCGCCUUGCAGGGUCAGGGGUCAAGGCAGGGGGUGGAGAAGUGGGAGGUGGAACAGAGGGAGGCCACAGCAGAGCUGCUCAAGCUGAAAGACCGCCUCAUAGACAUCGAGAAAAACAAUGCAGCGCUGCAGACAGAGAAGCAGCUUCAGAAGGAGCAGCAGAGACAGCUGGCCUCCCAGAACUCUCAGCUCAACAGCCAGACGGUGGCACUGCAGAGACAGACCACCAACCUGCAGGAGCAGAACACUGUUCUACACACCCAGACAGCCAAGCUGCAGGUGGAGAACUCCACCCUCAGCUCCCAGAGUGCAUCACUCAUGGCCCAGAAUGCCGUGCUGCAGGGUCAGGUGUCGGCCCUGGAGGCGGAGUCGGAGGCGUGGCAGCGUCAGCGCGAGGAGGCGAGGGCGGGGCGCGAGGGGGUCCUGCAGGACCACGAGCGUCUGCUCAGCGUGCACGAGAGGCAGGCGGCCGAGUACGAGCACCUCAUAUCCCAGCAUGCAGCACUGAAGACCAGCCAGAGGGCUGUGGAGCAGGAGCACCGCAGCCUGCAGAGCAAGUACAUGGUGAUGCUCCAGCAGAAGGAGGCUCUGGAGGAUCUGGAAGGUUCUCUGGAGAAGGAUAGACACAGUCUGCAGGAGCAGAUCCACACAAACAGCAUCCUCCUGGAGGAGAACUCAGGCCUCAGGGGGGAGCUGAGCAGGGUCAACCAAUCCCAGAGCCAGCUGACUAAGGAGUACGAGGGUCUCCAACUGCACACCAAGGAGCUGAAGACCUCCCUGAACUCAGCCCAGCUGGAGGUCAACCGCUGGCAGGCCCAGUACGACCAGCUGAAGGAGCAGCACCAGGGCCUGGACAUCUCCAUGACCAAGCUGGACAACCACUGUGAGCUACUGACCCGUCUGAAGGGGAACCUGGAGGAGGAGAACCACCACCUGCUCAGCCAGAUCCAGAUGCUGAGUCAGCAGAACCAGACCCUGCUGGAGCGCACCAUGGAGAGCAAGGAGCACUACCACGAGGAGCAGAAGCUCUACAUAGACAAGCUGAACACCCUACGACGUCAGAAGGAGAAGCUGGAGGAGAAGAUCAUGGACCAGUACAAGUUCUACGACCCUGCCCCCAAGAAGAAGAGCCAGUGGGUGGGGGCUAAAGCCCUGGCUAAGCUCAUCAAACCCCGCAAGGACAGCAGCUCCAGAGAGAGGGUUCGGUCUGCCACCGACCUGCCCCUGCCAGACACCCCCACUCUGGACUACCCCGACGGAUUCCCCCCUCUCCCGCCCCCGCCCCUGCCCCCUCGCCAGUCCCGGCUCGGACCGGACACCCCCGAGGAAAACCACACCCACAACAAUUCUCUCAAUAACUCACAGACCUCCACCCACUCCAUCAGAGGUGACCACGGAGGUUCCAGUGGCAGGAAGCUGUACCCGACACCAGGGGGCAGUAGUGAGAGCGUCAACGGGGGUGCAGCUGAAGACUUCUACUCCAGGAGGCGAGGAGGAGAGCUGGGAGCCGUCUCAUACUCCACCCCCUCCAACCAGACCUCCACCCCUGCACUCACCCAUACCAACCAGACCUCCACCCCUGCGCUCACCCCCUCCAACCAGACCUCCACCCCUGCUCUCACCCCUGGCUCCAGGCCCAGUCGCAGGACCCGAGGUCUGCUAUACGACGACGACGCCCACUUGCUCUCCUCCGACACCCUGGGGGGAGCUGGUCUCCAUGGAAACACAGGAUAUAGACCAGGCUCUGCCGAGCUCAGCCACAACACCUCCAGCAGCAACUCUCCUGUAAACUGUCGAGACUCUGUGGAGCGGCUGCAGGGUCGCUCUGCCAGCAUGUCCAGUGAUGACGUGGCAGGUCUCACCCAGGAAGCCUCCCAGCAGGCACUGCCCCGCAGCUCCACCCUCCCCUACGACCCCCCGCCCCAGAGAGGCUCGGCACGCCCCGGCCUCGCCCCCGGCCUCGCCCCUGGACUCGCCCCCACCCCCGGCCGGACUCGGCCGUCCUCCCCCGGCAGCCAGAUGGUCACUCUGGAGGAGUUCCUGUAUGAGAGCAACACUCUGUCCCCGCCCACCGUGCAGACAGGCAGCAGAGAAGAUCUGAUGACUGAAUAUUUCACCAGGGGUCCGGGGGGAGAGAGAGACCGUGCCCCCCCCGGCCGGACCCCCCCCCUCCGGGACGGCGCCAAAACCCCCACCAGCUACGUCACCCCCACCCUUAAGACAGGGGGCGUGGCUAACAAGCCAGGCCAGAGCGUCAAGCCCAGCAUGCGUCUGCCUGACUCCGCCCCUCCCUCCUCUAACUCUCAGACCCUCCCUCACAGGGCCAGCAACGGGCUGGGGGGGUCAGGGGGGACACCUGUGGGCCGACCUUCCUCCGUACACUCCCCCGUGUCCCGGGGGGGCGGGGCUGGCAGUGGUCUGAGUCGAACCUUCAGCCUGGCGUCAGCUGACCUGCUGCGGUCCAACGGGCCGGACAGCUUCCGCCCUGACGGUACCCAGGAGGGCGUCGUGAGGAGGCCUGGGGCGGGCUCUGGGGCGAGGGAACGCCCCCUGUCUGCCCGACUGGCAGGCCCCACCACCAAUCAGCAUGGAGACGGAGGGUACUCCCCCCUAGCCCCGCCCCUUCACCACUCGUCCUCGCUGUCCCUGCCGCCGGACCGCCACAGCGCAGCAGGGGGGAGGUCAGGAACCAAUCGAAACAGCCUGUCUCAGGGGCGAUCCGCCCCACAGCAGCAUCGCGGGGAGGUUGCCAUGGUGACGCCGGUGCGGGCGGUGCCGGCUCUGCGUCUGGAGGAGUCGGAGGCGGAGGGAAGGGUGACGUCCGACUCUCCCCUGCUGAAGAAGACAGAGGGGGGCGGGGGGGGAUGUGGGACAGAGGAGCCACCCAAGACCGCUCCCUCCUCCCCGGACCCCAACGACGACCCCCAGACCGUCUGGUACGAGUACGGUUGCGUCUAGACGUCUGGGUGAGGACUAACCUACAGGACAGCUACUGCCACGGUGGACUGUGCAGGACUGGAACACGCACACACGCCUGGCUCGGUCCCCUUCUGAUUAAUUAACCCAACCUGUAAUUGGCUGGUUCACAGCUGGACAUCUACACCCCAAAGAGACCACUGACCCCCCUCCCUCCCGCCCGCCCCACCCACCCCCACCCCCCCCCCUCUCCCCAGACUGCUGUCACAGCUGUACUCCUACAGCAACACAGAGAAGGAGAUGAAAGGCACUAGAGACAUGAAUGUUUGCUCCCCCCCCCCAUCCGAGCCUUGUGGUCCCAAUUCUAUUCUGACAGGGAACAGAAGGACAAUCAAGGCGGACCUUGUCGACCCCUCCCUGUGUAAUUACACCCUCCUCUCUCUGUCCUCACAGCGUCCCAGCAUGCAGCACUCCAGGGCUUUACUGGAAGUGUUUCCUCCCUGGCCGGCGUGGCAGAGUCCUGCUCUGACCACACUGGCUGGCCCAGAUACUACUAACACUGGUCAGCCUAACUACGGGGUAGAAGAGAGAGAGAGAGAGACAGAUUGUAGAAUGAUGAGAGGCAGAGAACCAAGAUAGAGAAAGAAACUAUGUAUAUCCCUGCUACUUGUUGCUGUUCACAUGUUUUGCAAAUAUGGCUUCAAAUACAUUCCUAAGAGCACUAGAGGAAGAAGAUGACGAUUUAGAUGAUGUAGUCAAUGCGUCUGAACACUGGGUUUCUGCGGUCCCUGUUGAUGCCGUUACCACACACUCGUGGUUGUAGAGUUCUUGAUUAUGUUGAAACACUGAAACAAACCUCACGAAAGGCAAUAAGACUUCCAAUGUAUUUAUUUAUGUUCUUCAAACUGAUCUUUUGAAAUUACGGUGUCCACUGACUUUGUUUGAUUGGUGUGUGUUGGUUUUGUGGUGCAGUUUGUACUGGUGUACAGUCUGGAUACAACACUCAUCCCACUUCCUUCUGUCUCCAACUUCCUGUCCAGACUGGAAUUAGAAAGCUUGUCUUCCUGUUUUCUGUCCAAUAAGAAGAGACGUGUCUCAGUCCAAAUUUAUACCGCUUUUAAAGACUUAAUGAUAAACAGGUCUAACGUUGGAAAUUUCUAAGAAAUGUUAAUAAAAAGUGAUCAAAUGUAAUAGUCCACUGGUGAAUCCAGGCCUGGCUGCAGGAGAUAUAUGUCUUCUAUUGGGAAAGUGUUACUACCACAAGGACCUGAGAUGCUCUCCCAGACCCAGCUGGCUCGUUGCAGACCUGGCCCAACCUGCACACAAGGUCCAGACAAACAAGCAAAUCUGUUUCAGGGCUGUCUUGACCAAACAGUACUGGGAUGAAACUGGAUGUAUUCUGUGUCAUACCAGCAUGCUUUCUGACUGGAAUAAACUUAAUGAAAAUGCUUUUGUUUUCAUAGUUUCAUGUGAGAGAAUUUUCCUGACCAAAACUAUUUGACCUUUUUAAUAAUAAAGUUUUGUAAACUGAA